AUGACAUUCAUGGAGUUGUGGAGUUCACUUCUCGUCCUCAGUUCUAUCAUUUUCGCAUGGCAGUACCUGGGGAUUCGGAAGACUAGGAAUGCCUUCCAAAACGUCUCUGGUCCCGCUCCUGCCAUCGCGCAGUUUUUCUCUCGCGACAGCACAGAUUUUCAGAGCCACUUGGCAUUUAACUAUCCUGCAGUCGCCAAAUUAUAUGGUAUGUUCGGUCGACCAAUGUUGUAUGUCUCUGACCCCAAGGCGCUGUACACGAUCAUAAUCAAGGAUGAAUCGUCGUUUCCGGAGUCCGAUGCGUUCAUUUCGAUGAACUAUUUACUAUUUGGACACGGAUUACUAGCGACUUUAGGCGAGACACACCGCAAGCAGCGCAAGCUACUCAGCCCGGCAUUCUCUAUCAAUCAUAUGCGUCAUAUUGUCCCGAUCUUCUACAACGUGGCACACCAGCUUCGAGAUGGACUGAGGAAGCAAGUUGCUGGAGGGACCGAGGAGAUUGACAUGCUGAAUUGGAUGGGCCGUACUGCACUUGAAUUGAUAGGCCAGGGGGGCCUUGGAUACUCCUUCGAUCCCCUUGUCGAGGAUGCUCAUAAUGAAUAUGGCCAUGCGCUUAAAAAUUUGAUCCCGAACCUGGUGCAGGUCCCCAUACUGCGGCUCAUGGUUCCUUACCUCAUGAGAGUAGGGCCCGCCGCCUUUAGGCGCUUUGUACUCAACUUCGUGCCAGACGGAGAUGUUCAGAGAUUCAAGUCUAUCGUUGAUACCAUGGAAUCACAAUCGCGAGCUAUAUUCGAAAAGAAGAAAGCUGCUCUUCUUCAGGGUGAAGAGGCCGUCUUGCAGCAGGUGGGAGAAGGCAAGGAUAUCAUCAGUAUUCUAAUGCGAGCGAAUGCCUCAUCCUCUGAGGCUGAAGGAUUGCCCGAGGACCAGAUCAUUGCCCAGAUGUCCACCCUUGUUCUUGCCGCAACGGACACGACAUCGAACACGUUAGCCCGUAUCAUAGAAAUAUUGGCAGAACACCCUGAUGUCCAGGAGAAGUUGCGUGCUGAAGUGCUAGAUGCGCAUGCAGGAGAAUCAUUAGUGUACGAUGAACUUGACCAGCUUCCCCUACUUGAUAGCGUGUGCCGCGAGACAUUGCGACUUAAUCCUCCUGCUGUAUUCUCCACACGCGUCGCAAGUCGUGACACGAUUCUCCCGUUGGCAGAACCCAUUGUGGGGGUCGACGGUAGCUUGAUCAGUGAUAUUCCUGUUGUUAAGGGAACGGAGGUCAUUAUCGGAAUCCUGGGCUGCAAUGCGAGAAAAGAACUUUGGGGCGAAGAUGCGCAUGAAUGGAAACCUGAGAGGUGGCUCGCCCCCCUCCCGGAGAAAGUUAUAAAGAGCACCAUUCCUGGUGUCUAUGCCAACUUGAUGACGUUUGUUGGUGGCAGGAGAGCGUGCAUUGGCUUCAAAUUCUCUGAAAUGGAGAUGAAGGUUGUCCUAUCUGUUUUGCUUGCCAACUUCACCUUCGAGUUGACAGACAAACCCAUUGUUUGGAACGCUGCUGCUGUACGCUAUCCCACGUUGGGGAGGAUAGACAACAAACCUCAGUUGCCGCUGAAAGUUCGGUUGUAUGAAGGCGCAAAGGCGUAA